AUGAGAGUGGGACGAGUUUCGUACAUGCGGAGUGGCAUGACAGUACAAGAGUAUUGGGAGUACGGCAGCGCAUGGGAAGAGCUUCAGCGCAAUAUCGAGGCUCUGAACCACGAAAAAGAAUGUUUGGAAAAGGACAAGAAAGCGUUUCAGAAGCGAUGUCGAAGCUCUGUAGUUAUAAAUCAAUCAGCUGGACAAAUGAAUCCACCCCCAGUCCCUUCAGAUGAGCAACAAGAACAAGAAGAGAUUUUCAGAUUGAGAGCCCAGAAGAUCAAAGACAAGGAAAAAAUGUUCUCGGAGGAAAAGGACAAGUUAGACAGGGAGAAAAACACACUCAUUCGGGAAAUCAAAAGAUUUCAAGAUCAGCAUGAUACAUCUAUGCCUGUUGUGAUUGAGAUAGUGACACAAUCUUCAGGUAAAGGUGGCUUCUCUGAAGUUUACAAGGCCUUCGAUUUGGUUGAAAUGAGGGAUGUCGCAUGUAAAAUCCACGAAUUGAAUCCUCAAUGGAAGGAAGAGAAGCGAACGAAUUACAUGAAGCACGCUACAAGAGAAUACGAGAUUCAGAAAAAGUUGUGCCAUCCAAGGAUAGUUCGAUUGAUAGAUGUCUUUGAAGUCUCUACCAAUGGGUUCUGCACCGUGCUUGAGCAUUGUGACGAAGGCGAUCUAGAGCAGGUGCUCAAGGAGAGAAAGACAAUUUCAGAGCGCGAGGCUCGUUCCAUCAUCAUGCAAGUGUUUGCAGGACUGAAAUAUCUCAAUGAGCAGAAACAGAAGGUCAUUCAUUUUGAUCUAAAGCCUGGAAACAUCCUCUUUCACAAAGGAGAGGUGAAAAUCUCUGACUUCGGGCUAUCCAAAGUCAUGGAAGAGCACUCGGAAAACUCCAACGAGAUCGAGCUGACCUCUCAAGGAGCUGGAACUUACUGGUAUCUCCCUCCCGAAUGCUUCGAGGUUGGAACGUCUCCCCCCAAGAUCUCGUCAAAGGUUGACGUGUGGUCGGCUGGAGUCAUCUUCUACCAGAUGCUCUACGGGACAAAACCCUUCGGGCAUGGAAUGUCCCAGGAUCACAUGCUGCGCGACCAGACCAUCACCAAGUCGACAAGCGUUUCCUUCCCUGAGGGCAAAGACGUGCCCAAGGUGUCGGACAAGGCCAAGGAAUUCAUCCGCAAGUGCCUCUCGUACAAGCAGCAGGAUAGACCCAACGUCCUCACCAUCUUCCAGGUCUGCCCCCUCCACUUCGACCCCAGCUGGCUGAUGAUGACAUGGCAGGACCCGUACCUUCGUCAGACGGGCCGACAAGCAAGCACAAACUCAACGAGCAGCUCAGUCGCUUGUUGA